UUAUAUUUUCUUUGUGACUUUUGACUAAUUAAUACAUGUGCAUAUACAUGUUUAUAUACUAAAAAAUAUAUGAAAACUAUUAAAAUUUCAAAUUAUGCAAAUAUUAAAAUUUUGUUAAAAAUUUUGCAGAAGUGUGUUAAAAAAAAUAAUUUCAUUAAUGGAGGAGUACGCGAGAGAACCUUGCCCAUAUCGUAUUGUUGAUGAUUGUGGCGGAGCUUUUGCAAUGGGAUGUAUAGGAGGCGGUGUUUUCCAAGCAAUAAAAGGUUUCCGGAAUGCUCCGUCUGGAAUAAAUCGUAGAUUGUUGGGAAGUGUAUCAGCAAUAAAAACUCGUUCGCCAAUAAUAGCUGGUAAUUUUGCUGUUUGGGGGGGAAUGUUCAGCACUAUAGAUUGUACACUAGUUCACAUUCGAAAAAAGGAAGACCCAUGGAAUUCUAUAAUUAGCGGCGCUAUGACCGGAGGAAUUUUGUCUGCUAGAAAUGGAUUACCUGCUAUGGCAGGUAGCGCUAUUAUUGGAGGUGUUUUGUUGGCUCUAAUAGAAGGUAUUGGAAUACUUUUUACUCGAUUAUCUGCUGAUCAGUUUCAAAAUCCCGGUCCGCCUAAUGAAGACGUAUCGAUGUUACAAGGUUCUAGCUCUUUCUCUUUUGGGUAACUUUGUACAUUUUGAAAUAAGUUUAGAGAUAACAUUAUUAACAAAAAAAACGAAUUAGAUUUGUAAUUAUUAUUUUGAUUUGAAAUAAAUUAACUGUUGUAAAUUUAGACAAUAGCAAAUAAAAGAUUUUUGUUACAAUA